AUGUGGAAGCUGCGCAUCUCGCGCCUCGUGACGCAACUCUUCCCGCCCAUUUCCGCGGGGAUGAUGACAAACUUCACACAGAAGUGCUGGGGACGCACCAAUGGCGAGCGCAUGUAUGAUGCGUUGCGCCUGCAGCGUAUCAAGGCGUACUACGGCUGGCAACCGUACGAAAGUAAGGAGAAGAAAGCAUUCUUUGUGCGCCAGCUUCUGUGGGAGCUGCUGUCGGUGGAGACCCGCGAUGAGGUGGAUGAAUUAACGAAGCACAUGGCGGACUUGGCACUGCAGCGCAUGGCAUUCGAGAUGGUCUUCCUACAGUCGAUGGAGUACAUGCACAAGGUGCAGCGCGUGUACGAGCUGAUGGGCCGUCCCACUGUGGAGGAACUCGCGGCACUGAACUUGUUGUAG